AUCUACGUUCCACUGGGUCCCGUCGUCCAUUGAUGAAAGGUUUGCAAACAGAGCAGAAUCAGUUUGCCUGUAAUAAUGGCUUCGAUUACCCGGGGAGAGAACGAAUCGGAAUCAAUGAAGAAUGUUUCUCGUAUUGGGCCUUUCGAUGUGUGGACCUUGGUCCGGGCUUCAUGACUCGUUACGGCCCAAUAUCAUUCGUUUUAGCCAACUUCGCUUCUUUCGUGAGGAGUCCUGCCGAUAUCCAACUAAUGACUCCUCUUCAGUCUCUCCUUCUCCGGCGGUCAAUAAGCCAAGCACGCAAGUAUAUGAUCCUCUCUGUUCAUUUCAAUCGCAGUCUUGCUUCAAUAGACACAUAUGUUCAUGCUGUUCACACUAUGCAAUCAAACCCAGUAUCCGUAGAUUCAGCACUAGAUCCAGCCAAAGUCAUUGCAACCAAAUUAUCAAACUGUAGUAACUUACAAGAGUUGAACCAAAUUUACGCCAAUAUCAUCCGAACCCAAAUGCUUGAAUCACACUCUGCCCCAUUUCACUGGAACAACAUUAUGAGAUCAUACACCAGGCUAGAAGCCCCACAAAAGGCGCUUCACGUCUUCAUAGCUAUGUUGCGAGCCGGUGUCUCUCCUGAUUGCUACACGCUACCAAUUAUUCUAAAAGUUGUGUGCCAACUUUUCGCCGCCGGCCUUGACGGUCAGCUUCACUCCAUGGCUUUAAAGCUCGGGCUCCAGUCUCACGAGUACUGCGAGAGUGGGUUCAUUAAUUUGUAUGGUAAAUCGGGAAAUUUUGAAAAUGCUCUUCAAGUGUUUGAAGAAAAUCCUGACAGAAAGUUGGGUUCGUGGAAUGCCAUAAUAUCGAUUUUUCGCCAUGGUGCUCGUGCCAGGGAGGUAAUAGAGAUGUUUAUGGAGAUGAGGAGAUGUGGGUUUGAGCCGGAUGAUGUCACUAUGGUUGGUGUAACUUCUGCUUGUGGGAGUUUAGGGGACUUAGACUUAGCUUAUCAGUUGCAUAAGUGUGUUCUACAAGCUAAAACCUUUGAGAAAUCAGAUAUUCUGAUGUUGAAUUCGCUAAUAGAUAUGUACGGAAAAUGUGGCCGGAUGGACUUGGGACGUAAAGUGUUUUCGCAUAUGGAUGAACGCAAUGUAUCAUCAUGGACAUCAAUGAUAGUGGGGUAUGCAAUGCACGGCCAUGUUAAUGAAGCACUUGAAUGCUUUCGGUGCAUGAGAGAGGCCGGCGUGAGGCCAAACAAUGUGACCUUCAUUGGGUUGCUAAGUGCGUGUGUGCAUGGCGGUACAGUACAAGAGGGCAAGUAUUAUUUUGAUAUGAUGAAUAACGUUUACGGAAUAAAGCCCCAGCUACAGCAUUACGGAUGCAUGGUGGAUCUCCUUGGCCGAGCAGGGUUGUUGGAGGAAGCAAGAAAGAUGAUAGAGGAGAUGCCAAUGAGAGCGAAUGUUGUGAUAUGGGGGUGUUUGAUGGGUGCCUGUGAGAAAUAUGGUGAUGUGAAGAUGGGAGAGGUGGUGGCUAAGCAUUUACAGGAAUUGGAACCUUGGAAUGAUGGGGCUCAUGUGGUUCUAUCCAAUAUCUACGCCAGUAGAGGUUUGUGGGAAGAAGUUGAGAGGAUAAGAAGGGAAAUGAAGCAGAGUGAUCUUGAAAAGAUUCCAGGCUAUAGUUUGGCGACAAGAUCAGAUUGAAACCUCUGAAAUUUUUUCAUUCUUUUGAGUUAACCACGAUAUGCAGGUUUGUUCAUAACUUCAUAUUGUAAUUUGAUAUAUAUGCACGCCUCCUUUCUUGUGAUUGUCAUUCCUCCAUAAAAAGGUAAACAACAUCCGUGCACAAAACUCCCGCACGGGCCAUGGGCAGUCGGACAUACAAGAUGUACACAAACAUUACCCCAUGUAAUUCUACAAUUAAUAUUAUGAUCGGAUGAUGAAACUGAGUGGAACCUAUUGGCUUAUUGAAUGUGUUUAUUGAGCUGUAUAGAA